UCUCUCUCUCUCUCUCUCUCUCGUUUCCUCCCUUUAAGUUCCGCACGUUUUUUCGCACUUGUCAUUUCUCUCCUCGUUAGUUAGACCAUCCUUUUACCGCGUGAGCUCUGUACAACUUGUGACCUCCAACAUUGAAGAUUCAGGAUGGCUCGCGCUACACCCGACGAUGUCAAUGAAAAGAGCUACAUCCUGGAGGCGGCGAAGAGGAACUUUGAGGACGGCGGUAGUCUCGGAUCGGAGGAAUCGUACGAUGACAUGAGACGGUUAGUCGGGGAGGAGGAAGAGGAAGAAGAAUCCGGCAAAUUCAGCAGUCUACCGCUAGCUAGUUUCAAUUUCAUCAAUUCCAUCAUCGGCAGCGGUGUUAUCGGAAUACCAUACGCUCUACACCAAGCUGGCUUCGGUCUCGGUAUCGGUCUGUUAAUUUUGGUGGCGGGAUUGACCGACUACUCGUUGAUUCUCAUGGUGCGGAGCGGACAUAUCUGCGGCGAAUUGAGCUACCAGGGUCUGAUGCGAGCAAGUUUUGGUCGCGCCGGGUUCUAUAUUCUCACGGUGUUGCAGUUUAUCUACCCAUUUAUAGCUAUGGUCUCUUACAAUGUCGUCGUUGGCGACACAGUGACGAAGGUCCUGAUCAGAGUAACGGGCAUGCAUGAGACGGACAUCUUGGCGCAUCGACAAGUCGUUAUCCUGUUGGCGACCAUCUGUAUCACCAUUCCACUUUGUCUGUAUAGAAAUGUGGCGCGGUUAGCAAAGAUCUCGUUUCUUUCGCUUGUCUGCGUCGGGUUCAUUCUUAUCGCAAUUUUUAUUCGAAUGGACACCAUGUCCGCUGCGGUCCCAAGUCGAACCGAUAGUUGGAGGUUUGCCAAUUUUCCGGGGGUCGUUCCGGCUAUCGGUAUAAUGGCAUUCGCCUUCAUGUGUCACCAUAAUACCUUCUUGAUCUACGGCUCAAUCGAAAGAGCCACGCAACAAAAGUGGGACGUGGUGACACAUUGGUCGCUCUUCACAUCCUUCCUGAUCGCCACAGCCUUCGGGAUCGUUGGUUAUGCCACCUUCACGUCAUAUGUCCAGGGUGAUCUCAUGGAAAAUUACUGCUGGAACGAUGAUCUGAUGAACUUCGCUAGAGUCAUGUUCAGCGGCACCAUAUUACUCACGUUUCCGAUUGAGUGCUUCGUCACGCGCGAGGUCAUCAUGACGGCGAUCAAGGGCACGGACGAGUUGGAGGGACACGAGGCUUAUAUACCUAAUUCUGAUCGCAAGUACCUGAUAAUUACUUUAACGAUAGUAUCCGUGGCUUAUUUGAUCUCAAUGUUAACGGACUGCCUGGGUGUCGUCCUCGAAUUGAAUGGGAUUCUUGCUGCCGUGCCGCUCGCCUACAUUUUGCCCGGGCUGUGUUACCUCAAGCUCGAGGAGGGGCCUAUCUUGUCAUCCAAGAAGCUCCCGGCACUCGGCUUGAUGACCGCCGGCAUUCUGGCCGCUAUUUCGGGUCUCCUGUUGAUUAUAAUCAACAGCAGUUCUUCCGGUUCUUGCUUCCAUGGCAAAAUCAUGCCGUAUUGUGUCAGUAAUACGACGACAGUAGAGCUUGACAUGACGAUCACGACGCCCGUCAAUCUAAUUUUUACCGACACGGAAUCUGGAUUGUAAAUCACCGCUGACGGAUGAGCACGGAGCAAUAUCUCCUUCAGUUAAUCGUAAGUCAGCCAAAUAUUGAAUGAAAGUAUGGUGUGAGAUAAGUCCCGCAAUAAACGGGAUAUAAUAUAAAUACAUGAGAAUUAAUUUAAAUCGGAAUUAAUUAGGAUCGAUAAAGAGCCGAGACGAUCGGCAGAUUCAUUUAAAGAUGAAAGGUAAGGGGAAAUAAGAUAAUACGUAUAUAACGAUACCGAUAACAAAUCGAGAUUCUCUCGAUAUUGACUAUUCUGUGAGACCCAAUGUAUCUGAUUGACAUAUGAUUAUUUUUAAUGCGUUCUGAAACGAGAUUUUAUAUAUCCAUUUUACGAAACUUGUUUUUGUUAAAAGGUCGCGGAGUUUUACUUUGUGGAAGAAUAUAACGUUCCAACAUGGGAGAGAUAUUAUUCUCUUGAAAAACCAAACUUUGUUCGAAAAGUGACAAUAUAUAAAACUAUUCGAAAAUCGGCUUUCAAAAAUAAUGACUAAUGAUUAUAUUCUACAUUACAGCAUAUCUUGAAAAAUAGGUUUUGCGUUAUGAAGACUUUUUGUUGACAUCAACGAAAAUAAAUUUCAAUAGAAAUAUGUAAAUUCAAAACUAUGUUACAUUUACCAAAACAUAUGUUACAUUUACCAUUGUAUUACUCUUUUCAUAUGAAAGAAAUUACCGUAACAAAAUCCGUAGAGAAUCGCCUUCCGAUACAGAGAAGACAAAUUUACAAAAAAAGAAAGAAAAAAAUAAUGUUGGGACUUAUAUUAAUUGACUUGAGGCAUUGUAGUUAUGUUAAACCGUAUUUUUCGGGCAUUGUUGCGGCAUAUUAUAGGAAAUAUGUCUCAAAUGCAUGCUUGUUGCAAUAUAAUGGAGAAAGCAGUGCAAUAUAUAGAAUUUGGCUUAUGUGAGCGAAAAAUCUAAAGAUCGGCAAUAGAUUUAUGAUCGUUCGUUCCAUUAUCUAGUCAAGUGAUUUAGAUUCUUGGAUGUUUAUCAUGCAUAGAUUCACCAAUUUGCGUUUGCAAUGAGCUUGAGAGAUCGAUAUAUACAUAUACGUAUAAAUGAAAGAAUGGCCAACUGAUUUUUCUGCGACAUACAUUUUUAGAACGAUACAGAAUCUUAACGUACCAAUCCGAUUAUUGAACUUACGAUAUAAUUAUUAUUACUAGGUACGAAAUAGCGAGACUAUGUAAAGGGCUUCUACAUUAACCCUGAACGAUGUUCCGAGAGCGGAAUUGACAUUAGAGAGGGUUUCCAUAGUUAGAAUGCGCGAAUUUUAAAAGAGUAGUUUUUGUGAUUAGAAAGAUAAUUGUGACUAGAUAAUUAACGUGUAGAACGCGCGUGAGCUAAAAUCUCAUUCUAUUAAAAAAAAAAAAAACUACAGACAAAUGGUUUAUAAACAAAGA